AUGGUUUCCAAAGAGUAUAGGCAUAGCGAUGUGAUUCGAAAGCAUUUAGCGGUUACAAAUAACUUUACAGUGUAUAAUGAACCUGUAGAAUCUGUCUAUCAGUCCAGGGCAAGUUCUGAAACAUUCUGGUUAGAAUAUUGUAAGCAUACAAAUGGCAAUGGUGCUAGCUUUGCACAGGAGCUGCACCAUCCAUACACACCACAUAACCCAACUCCAGAAAGAAAGUCUGAACAGAGAAAAAAGAAAAUGGGAGAGAAGAAGAAAGCAAAGGCAGUGAUAGUAGGAGGGAGCAUAGCAGGGGUAUCAUGUGCCCAUGCCCUUAUUUCAGCAGGAUGGGAUGUUUUGGUUCUUGAGAAGUCAAGCCAACCUCCUAAAGGGAGCCCAACUGGUGCUGGCCUCGCACUUGACAGGCAGGCUAUUGAUAUCAUCGAGUCCUGGCUCCCUCAACCUCAGCUUCUCCAAGAGGCCACCUUGCCUCUAACAAUUGAUCAGAACCAAACUCCAGAUGGAGAAAAGGAAGUCAGUAGGAUACUAACAAGAGAUGAGAAUUUCAAUUUCAGAGCUGCACAUUGGGCUGAUCUUCAUGGUCUUUUGUACAAUGCACUACCAGCGGAAGCGUUCUUGUGGGGUCAUUUGUACCUUUCUUUCGGCACUUCUGAAGACAAAACCUGUGUUAAAGUUGAGGCCAAAGUUCUUCAAACUGAAAAGACUAUUGAGAUAAAUGGGGACUUGCUUGUUGCAGCAGAUGGAUGCCUCUCUUCCAUCCGAAAUACUUCUCUACCUGACCUGAAAUUGAGGUAUUCAGGUUACUGUGCUUGGAGAGGAGUUCUUGAUUUUUCAGGAAAUGAGAAUUCAGAAACUAUCUUGGGCAUCCAAAGAGCGUACCCAGAUCUUGGAAAAUGCUUAUACUUCGAUCUAAACACUGGAAGUCACACUGUGCUUUACGAACUUCUUAACAAAAGGCUCAAUUGGAUUUGGUAUGUCCAUCAACCUGAGCCUGAACAGAAGGGAAAUUCAGUGACCAUGAAAGUAAGCAGUGACAUGAUAGAAAAUAUGUACCAAGAAGCAGAGAAAAUUUGGGUUCCUGAAUUGGUGAGAGUCAUGAGAGAAACAAAGGAGCCUUUCAUAAAUAUCAUAUAUGAUUGUGAACCUCUCGUGAAAAUAUUUUGGGACAAUGUGGUAUUGAUUGGAGAUGCUGCUCACCCUACAACUCCUCAUGGCGUCCGAAGUACAAACAUGUCAAUUUUGGAUGCAGCCGUUCUGGGCAAAUGUAUUGAGAAGUGGGGAGCAGAAAAUAUACCUUCAGCUCUCGAAGAAUAUCAGCGCAUUCGGCUGCCGGUCACUUCAAAACAAGUCCUGCAUUCACGAAGAUUUGGUCGAAUCAAGCAAGGCUUAGCUCUUCCUGAUCGUAAGCUUUUCGAUCCGAAGACAGCAAAUGCAGAGGAAUGUGAGGAGCUUCAGCAGAAAAAUAUGCCUUUCUUUGCUGGCGCUCCUUUGUCAGUUGAUUAA